CUGCCUACAGACGCGCAAUGUACAAGGAGAGGGAGGGGGAGAGAGCUCCGCUGUCCUACGCGAGGGCGUUUUUUUAAUCCUCCCAACCACUCGACGGAGUGAUGUGGGUUUUGUUUUCAUGAUACGACGGUUUACUCUCGCGACUGAAGGACGUGCGAUGCUGCUUGCUUGAGUGACCGGGAUCUACGAAAUCUCCCCUUAGACUCGCCGCUACUACUCUGCCCCUCUCUCCCUCUAUCGCGGAGUGUGUGACUGCGCGCCUCCGUGUGCCAGUCUCCUCGUAAACACCUUGGAAUCGGCGAUCAUCAGUGGCCGGUUUUUUGCCCCACUCCUUAACUGUUUGAUAUUACUUAUAUAUUUUAAUUGACAGUGGGACUAUUGGCGGACCUAAGGAGGCGUCCUGGAUGAUCUGUUUGGGAAUAAAUACCACCAAUGCUUACUCUGAAGAGGGAAGUUCAGCGUAUGGAGCGAGCAUUUGCGCCUUAAGGACGUUUCUAUAGACUGACGUUCAAUUGGAUACUCUGUUUUACAAACUGUGGCUGUGGCAACACAUAUCCGUUUUGCUGCUUUGACGAUUGUGGCUUGAUACAGCGCGGACCUCUUGGAAAUACAUUUUAAUAUACAUUGUUUUUGGUCUGGGUUGGCUCCCGUAUUUCUGGAUUCUUGACACUGUUCGCAGCAAAGAAAAAACGGGGAAAUCGGCAGGAGGAUAGACGAGAACUAUGUGUAUGUAGAAUUGGGAGGAAUGCCCCAGACGCUGUGCUCCAGCACUAUGUUCACUCCCAGUGGCUUCAGCCCCCACCUGGUCUCCAGUGAGGAGCCCCCCCAGGACGGUCCAGGCCCGGGCCCCGAACUUGCUGAGGGGCCCCCACUCACCUCCGCCUCCCUGGACACCCUCAUCCAGCACCUGGUGCCUACCGCCGACUACUACCCUGAGAAAGCCUACGUCUUCACCUUCCUGCUGAGUUCACGCCUCUUCAUCCCCCCCCAUGAGCUGCUGUCUCGGGUCUGUCAGCUCUGCAUAAAGCAACAGCAGCUGGACCAGAUCCCCUUGGACAUGGUAAAGGUGCGGAAGUUUGGGCCCAAGAUCCUCCAGCUGCUGACAGAGUGGACGGAGACGUUCCCCUCCGACUUUCGGGAGGAGCAGAUGGUGGGACACCUGAAGGACAUCAUCCACAGGAUAGCACCAUGUGACGAGGCCUACUGGAAGACUAUGAACCAGAUCCUCCAGAAUCUGAACCAAAAGCUGGCGGCUCUGAACCAGGGAGAGGAGAGCAUGGUCAAGGUCAACGCCUCCGCCUCUGACAAGAUGGUGGCCUUCAAGACCAAACCGCCGCCCAUUCAGAAGGACAUUCUGAGCAUCUGCAGCGACCCCUACACCCUCGCCCAGCAGCUCACCCACAUCGAACUGGAGCGCUUGAGUCACAUUGGUCCUGAGGAGUUUGUUCAAGCCUUUGCUCAGAAAGACCCACUGGACAGCUCACAGCCCUGUUUCAGUGACCAGAAGAAGAAAACGAGUAACCUAGAAGCCUACGUCAAGUGGUUCAACAGACUGUGCUACUUGGUUGCCACGGAGAUUUGCAUGCCGGCGAAGAAGAAGCAGCGUGCCCUGGUGAUUGAGUUCUUCAUUGACGUUGCGCGCGAGUGCUUCAACAUAGGCAACUUCAACUCCCUCAUGGCCAUAAUCUCUGGCAUGAACAUGAGCCCAGUGUCCCGUCUGAAGAAGACCUGGGGGAAAGUGAAGACAGCGAAGUUUUUCAUUCUGGAGCAUCAGAUGGACCCGACCGGAAACUUCUACAACUACAGGACGGCCCUGAAAGGGGCAGCCCAUCGGUCUCAGACAGCCCACAGCAACAGGGAGAAGAUCGUGAUUCCCUUCUUCAGCCUGCUCAUCAAAGACAUCUACUUCCUGAACGAGGGCUGCGCCAAUCGCCUUCCCAACGGACACGUGAACUUUGAGAAAUUCGUGGAGCUGGCGCGGCAGGUGGGGGAGUUCAUGACCUGGAAGCAGGUGGAGUGCCCGUUCGAGCAGGAGCGCAACAUUCUGCACUACCUGCACACUGCUCCCAUCUUCACUGAGGACGGACUGUACCUGGCCUCAUAUGAGAGCGAAAGCCCAGAGAACCAGGUGGAAAAGGACAGGUGGAAAUCUCUCAGAACAACCAUCCUUGGGAAGACAUGAGGAUGCCUCGGCAGCUAGCCCUCAGUUCAGCAGAACACGUUCUUUGCACUAAAAGAGACUCUGAAGGAACCUAGCUGGUACUUAGGUGUUUUUACUACAAUUGAAGAAAAAGAAAAAAAAAAAAAAAAAGAAAAGAAUGAUGAACAGGAUUCAUCAAUAACAAGAAGAACAUUAAAGCUGUACAGAUACAUUGACGAUACUGAGGACUCAAGCAAACUGCCCUGGAAAAAUAUACAAAUCUGUUUCUUGUUACGGCACUCAGACCAGGCGCAGCAGUGUCUGUAUAUUUGUAGAUAAAGAGCGGGAGUGAGAUUGAAUGGAUGUGGACAGUGGUGUAUGUGAGUGAGAGGUGUGUUCUGCCUAUUGUAUUUUAGGUGUGGUUUGUGUUAACCACCAUUACAGAUUGAAGAUUUACAGUACAUGGGAGACAAACCAGUGCUUUUCUUUUUCACUGACUAAAUGAUUCAUUUUUUUUUUGUUUUUUUUUUUUUAAGCCCUGUAGCCUUGUGUAGGUUUGUCAAUAUUGUAACAUAACCUUGUGAAUGCUGUAGUGACUCUGUUGUGAAGGGUGCUGGAAAGUCCCCUAAGCCAUAAGGCUGAUUUGGUCCCGACUGAAACCAGCCCAGAGAGCUAGGCGCAGAGCUAAUGGAAACUGAGGACAGAGGCUCCAGAGAGAGGCACCGGCCCCACUGGAGCAGGGUCCUCCAAAACAGCUCCUCUGUGUCCUAUUUACAGUGUCCUUCACGGUCAACUUCCUGCUCGUACACCUGGCUUUCUGCCUCUCCAUUGCCAUCUCUAUAUUUGUUUGUGAGACAUGCUGACUCUGGGCUCCAAAAAGGCUGUCGGUAUUGAACACUCAUUGGGGAGGCCUUGUCAGGUAGUGGUCUUACAAAAGCUACUGGUUUUACAAUGACUACGCAGACGACAACGUGGACACAAGCGAAGUGUGGGCAAAUGCUGUCCCCUCUCUGAAAAAUAACAUCCAGCAUCUCUCAUUCACAACAGAGAGAGAAAAAAAAACCUUUUGCACUCUGCUACAGCUCCAUUCUUCCGUUCUCAUCUGUGUUUUUCAUACUUCUAAGGACAUGCCAGUAAUUUUCAGUUUUUUUUUUCUCUGUGGUAAUGAAUUUAAACAAAGCAACGAACAAUCAAUUAAUGAAGGGAGAAUGGCCUGUGCAGAGGAAGAGAGAGAGAGAGACAGAGAGAGAGAGAGAGAGAGAGACCUCUCCCUGGACUUUGGAGUACUUCCUGUUGCACAGGAAGUUCAUCAUUGACUGAUAUUCAGUUGUCAGAUAUUUCUUUGAGAAUUCUGUAAUGACAGAUGUAUGGGGUUUUUUUGUUCUUGUUCAAAAGGUUUUAUUCUUAUUAUGGCAUGCUUAGACAGUGUUUUAAAAUGGGCAUUGUGCUUUUCAUAUCACAACACUGAAGCCAUUAGGGUUUUAGGCAUCUGAAUCUGAUUUGUACCAUUGCAGUGUAUUUCUUGACAAAUAGGUUCAUGUGAACAGUGGCCUGUGAAAUGAGACUUUUUUAUCAGAGCUUGCGAUGGAAGCUAGGGGAAAGCUUUGCUCUAACCAUCAUGAGAAGAUCAGAUGUUUUUUUUCCCCAGAGGCCAACAGCUUUUCACGCACACCAUCCGUUACUUUGUGCUGGGAACAACGUAAUUAUGAGUAAUAGUUGACGUUGGUUAUGGCCAACAGGGUCCUUCUAACUUUGAAAAUAUUGUUGUUGAUACUGAUAAUGUUGUUGUGUGGGGAGCUUUGCUUUGCUGUUUUAUAGCUAUGGGAGGGAGGGGGUAGGGAAAGGGAGGGAAGGGGGGUGUAAUGUGAUGGGGGCGCUCUAUAUUUAUUUAAGACUUUUUUUAAUUGUACCUUGCUUAAAAUGGUUGAUGUUGCGAGUGGUGUGCUUGUGUGGCACCUUUCUUCAUGUGUGAACUUAACCCUGAGACAGUUCUGUUUCUUUCUCUCUGUUGCUGGAUAUUGCAUUUCUCUGACACCAUACUGGCGCACACAGCCCUGCUGCUGUCUGUUUGAACACCCGAGUCUCUAGCCUGGCUAACAGCAAGGCACUUCCUCCUUCACCGGUCAUGGUCUCUGAAGCAGAGAGGUCGAAACAGCCAAUGAAAUCAUUCAGUGCAGUAUUUUUCAGUCAUGUGACUGCGACACCACAAGGUGGAAAGUCAUUGGCGAUGUUUGUUUAAUGGUUAACCUUUCUCAGGCGUCAGAUACUGGCUUUGCUGACUAAAACAAACUAAAAUGGUUUGCGUUGUGAAGAACUAGGGCCUCUCUCAUUGUGGUACUGUAAGUAUAGUAUGCACUGUAUAUUAUUAACAAUGUCUGUUUAAUUUGACGCCUGCCUCAGAAAUCAAAAGGGGAACUGUGGAUAUGCAUAUCCAAAACAUGUUUACCAAAUACACUCAGUAUUCACAUAUGCACACAGAGGCUUGCUGUGCAUAUUUAUCCAACAAACAUGCUGACGACAAGCUGGAUGAUACUACAUUUCCUGUUAAUCAGCCAGCUGUGAAGAAAACUGUUUUGCACAAAACAUGUAUUUAUAUUCUCUUUCCUGCUGUGUGGUUGUGGUGUACAGUACCUAUGCCUGUCUGAAGGAGUAGGCUGUAUUGUUGUACAUUGUAGGCUGUUUUAGUCUCAGUGAUCUGUCGGGCCUUCUUCUCUCCCUCCCUCCCGCCACAAAUGACUUUUUUCUUACAUAAUACCCUCAUUUAGUCUUUUUGUUUUGUUGUGUUGUUCUGUGUGUGUGUGUAUGUGUGUGUGUGUGUGUGUGUAUGUGGUCUGCCUUUUAGUGAGAAUAAAUAAAUAAAAAAAGACAUAAAACAUUGAUUCAUUGAACACCUUACCACACUCAACAUGUUAACUCAUAAAAUCCAAAAUUGAAGGAAUGUUUUUGAUACAGGCCAAAGUGCACUGUAUGCAAUGGAAAUAUAUAUCAGUCACUUUUAUAUAUGUAAUGUUAAACAUAUAGCGUAAAAUACACUGUAAAUAUAUUCUACAAUAUGUGAAUAAAAUUGUGUAUAUGAAAGUGGCAGUGAUUUAUAUAUGCUGUAAGAUAUGGCAUAUAUCUGGCAUGAAUUGAAAUAUGUUCCUCGUGUUUUGGAUUUUAUAUUUGCCAUACAUUGAUGCAUAUAUAUUUAUUUUGCAUGUGGAUUUUGAUUCUGCAGAACACUGAGGGUAAAAAGCCUCGUGAGUACAAGCUUACUAAACCCUGCCAAGAUACUCCCAAUACUCCCUGGUCUGACAGACUUUGACAAAAAAUAUUACAUACUGUCACUAUUGUUGUCAUUUCUCUUUUUUUUUGAGGGAAUAUGUUGUGUUGGAAAGGGUCCUUGCAGCUUUGUGCUUGACGCUGUAUUUAACUUCUGUGUAACUGGGACUCUGUGGGUCCAAGCUCUUCUUUAACCUGUGAUACCACACCAGUCUCUUCUCCUCCACCAUUGCUUCCAGAUCAGUACAGUACUGUAUGUGUAUUCAUUU